AUGUCAAAUUCUAAGCAAAGACCUUAUGAGCAGGAAAACUAUCCUGCUUCACCUGAAAUAAUAUAUUAUGAUAACCGGAAAUUUAACUAUACUGUUAUUCAAGAAGGUGUCUACCCACUAGUUGUGCAAUUGAAGUUUACAGAAGCGCCUAAUUAUUUUCCUGUGCCUGACAAUUAUAUUAUUAAAACUACCUGGGGCCGGUCUAAUAACUGUCAAACUAUUCAAUGUUCCAUAUAUUAUAUAGAAGGUAAUCCACAUUACUUAAUUUGUUUUGGAAAUAAUUUUCAGCACCAAGUUGUUUCAGUUCAAUCUACAUUUGAUGAUUCCGUUGAAUUACAUAAUAUAAUAACUCCAAAUAAGAAAACUGCAGUUUCUGGAGUUCAUCUCUAUGGACUUCAAUUAAAAUGUAUUGAUAAAAAUCGCAAAAGCAAACCAUGGGCAUUAAAACUACAUGAUGAAUCAAGUAAAACUACACAAAUCAGACAUGCUAAAGUGGUUCAUAUACAAGAUGUAGAAAAUGUUCUACGUGAUGCAUAUCGCUAUUUUGCAGUUAUGGAAUCAAAAUUACCUCGGGAGUAUGCUAUUUCUCAAACUCAUCAAGAGAUUAAUGCACAUAUGGAACAAUUAAUACCAAUUAAUUUUGUUGACUUAACUCCUACUAUUACACCCGAUUUUUCAGAAGAACCUGAUAUAACUGAUCCGAUAAUUGUUGAGCAAGUUAGACCACUCCAAUUUAAUAGUUUGUUUAACGUACCCCACCCCCCUCAUUUUUGA